AUGGGAGGAGCACGCCUCGUCUCCUCUUCCUAUAAGAAGCGUGGAGCGUCCAAGUUGGGACUCCACACAGCUACUCAGGAGCAACGAAAUGAUCUGCCCUGGAGCCGCAGCAAAAUGCUGGAUGGACACCUACUCCUGGGAUGGUUAUCGUUCACACUCGUAGUCUAUGUCGUCCACUUGCCGCCACCUAGCGCAGCCUACUUCGGGUUGACAGGUAAUGAGCCGCUGUCUAUCCUGCCACUGAACUCUUUACCGGAGGAGAACGUGGGCCGGGCCCACUACAAGCUGUGCGACCGGCUCAAGCUGGAAAAGAAGCAGCGCAGGAUGUGCAGACGUGACCCGGGCGUGGCUGAGACCCUGCGAGAGGCCAUUACAUUGAGCGCCCUAGAAUGCCAAUACCAAUUCCGCUUUGAGAGGUGGAACUGCACCUUGGAAGGCCGCCACCGAGCCAACAUGCUUAAAAGAGGAUUCAAAGAGACAGCCUUCUUGUAUGCCAUCUCUUCUGCGGGUCUGACCCACGCCAUGGCCAAAGCCUGCAGUGCAGGUCGGAUGGAGCGCUGCACAUGCGACGAGGCCCCUGACCUGGAGAACCGCAAGGCGUGGCAGUGGGGCGGCUGCGGGGACAACCUCAAAUACGCCAACAAGUUUGUCAAGGACUUCCUGGGCAAACGCUCCAACAAGGACCUCCGCGCUCGCGUGGACAUGCACAACACCAACGUUGGCCUGAAGGUUAUUAAAGCUGGCGUGGAGACCACCUGCAAAUGCCACGGGGUCUCCGGCUCCUGCACCGUCCAGACCUGCUGGAGGCAGCUGCUGCCCUUCCACGAGAUCGGCAAGCAGCUGAAGCAGCGUUAUGAGACCUCAGUUAAGGUGGGCAGCUCCACCAACGAGGCUACAGGGGAGGGUGACAUCUCCACCUCAGGGCGGGGUCAACACCAGCAGCAGCAGCAGCAGCCGCAGCAGCAGACACCACAGCAUCACCACCACCAUCUGUCUGGUCUCAACGACCAGAUCCCCCGCACCAUGGACCUGCUCCACAUCGAGGACUCACCCAGUUUCUGCAGGCCCAGCAAGUUUUCAUCGGGCACGGCAGCUCGUAAGUGCUACAAGGACAAAAAUUGCGACGCCAUCUGCUGCGGGCGGGGCCACAACACCCAGAGCAGGGAGGUGACGCGGCCCUGCCAGUGCCAGGUGCGCUGGUGCUGCUACGUGGAGUGCAAGCAGUGCACGCAGAGGGAGGAGGUCUACACCUGCAAGGGCUAACACCGACACCGGGAGAGGGAGUUGAGACACUGUUCUCUGACGCCAUAUGCACUUUGAGGGAUUGUUUUGUUUGUUUUAUUUUUUUGCGGUGGCUUUGCGAAUUUCUCCUCAAGACAACUGGGUAAACAUCUCAAGCCUUCAAGAUGACAAAGAAUGCAACCUUUUCAAAUGCAAGCAUAGCCAAGAGACUCAAAGACGAAGAACGACGUGUUUAUUGAAAGCGACAGAAGAGGUCUGCUCCAUCGGCGACUUCUACGGAAAAUUCAGACAGGGUGUAAGAAUUUACACGCACAUUUUUUACACGCGCACACAUUGUGUGUUUGCAUAUGCAUGUACAUAACUUCAUAUAGCGUUAUAUAAAUAUAUUGUAAAGACAUUAUACAAGCCACUUAUCUAAUUUUACGUUAAGAGAAACCACUAACCGCACCAACGCUUUUGCCGUUUGUGUGACUGAUAGAAGAUACGUUUUUGGUUGUUUGGUUGUUUUUUUUAAGACUUCCCCUUCACACUUCGAAGGAAAACUUACUUUUUUUUGGUUUUAAAUGAAUUUGCAGCUGUUAGGCUGUUGCAUCAUACAGUCAUGGAAAAAAUGAUUAGACCACCCUUUUUUCUUCAGUUUUGUGUUCAUUUUAAUGCCUGAUACAACUAAAGGUACCUUUGUUUGGACAAAUAUAACAGUGACAACAAAAAUAGCUCAUAAGAGUUACAUUUUUUGGCAGAACUUAAGUGAUUUUGGUUAUUAUCAAGAAAACCAUGGAAGUUGCUGAUAUCAGCUGUUAAAUUAAACUCUUAUGAGCUAUAUUGGUUAUCAUCAUUAUAUUUGUCCAAACAAAUGUACCUAAGUUGUACCAGGCAUUAAAAUGGAUCAAUAAACUGAAGAAACAAGGGUGGUCCAAUCAUUUUUUCCAUGACUGUAUAAGUAUACACUUGCUGGACGUAUUAGGGACACCUGUACAAGCUAAUGAGAGCCAAUACAACAGUGUCAAUCAAAAUUGAGGAUUACUAUCUUUGACCUGUAAAUGUAUAUGUGGAUCUCCUGGAUUGUGCAGGUGUACAUAAUGUCGCGUCUGGUGAACAAGGAACGCAAGCAGUCAGUUUAGGUGCCUCUCGGCCUCCAUUGAACCAUUGUUCAGGGAAUAACUCAAACCACUAUGGCUGUUUGACCACAUUAUAAAGACGACAGUGGCCUUGUGUGAUAAAACGUGGACGCUCCUCAUUGUGACGCUUAAAUCCACCAAGAAAGCUGUGGAGAAAAUGGAGGAAUGUAGCCCCUAUACUAUUUCAAAUCCUUCCCUUUCCGGCUACCACCAAUCCAUUGAGCCAUACUCCUCAUGCCAUUCACAUUAAUCAACCACACAUCUCAUAAGGUGGGGGAAGCUGUUUCCAUGAUAAUAAGACAGUGAGGAUAAAGACGUGUGCAUAGUCAGCAUUUAGGGUGCGUUCACACUUCAAACAAACUAUCGUGCGUUUCUUCUGCAUUUGUUUGGUCAUGUGUAAAUGCCAUCAUCUGAACCCUGGUGUGCUGAAUCGGUGUGGUUCCGUUGACUAGAGCUCAAAUGUGUAUGCUACACACAGACCAUUGUUAAACUGACAGCAAAAAGCAUGCAGAAAUGACAAAUAUGUAAGAAAAAAUGCAUUGGAUUGGAGCUUUUUCUGAACUAUAAAGUGGUAAAUAUAGCAGAAUAUAAAAAUAAUAUACAUAUUCGACCCAGCAGAUGGCAGUUUGAUUAGGAAUAUUUGUAAUUUGUAAUAUGUUACAAAAGCUGCCCAAUCAAGUCCUCACUCUCCGCAUAUGUUCUUUACUGCACAGCCUUUGGUCCCAUGACAAAGAUACCAGUGUGAAUGCUCAGCGAACCACAACAAAGUGUGCCCCGAGUAUCUUUUUUUAUUUUUGGUCCAGGCUAAAGUGCUGAACCACAAGUGUGAACAGAGCCUUAUAUUGUAUACAACUAUCAAAUACAGGGCCUUUUUAUAUGCCUUGUUUUUUGACUACUGAGUGAGGGACCCAGCUUUGUAUGAUAGCGUUCAUUCCCACACUGAAGCCCAAAAGUAUUUAAAGAAAAAAAUCUGUAUUUAUGGAUGAAGUGGAGACUUUUGUUGUAAAUAAGUUUCUUCUCCUGUGGUAAAAAGGCAAACAUAAAGGCACAUGUUAUUGCUAGAAGUUUUAGAUUGUAAUCAUAGAUAAUGGACCAUGCUUUUUUUUUAAUUAACAACAAUUGCAUGCUUCAGGAAGAUAGUUUUUGUCCUGAAUUUGAAGCAUUUUGGUAAGCGUGAGUCAUGCCAAAUAAAGCCCUGGUCAAAACAUAUACAUAGAACCUUCACGCUACAUGGAAACCAUAAUAGCUAUGGUGGGACAUGCAGCUCAAAUGCCUUCUUGCCGCAGCUUUUUGGUAUGUGUGCUCUCUCGACACUAAAAAAAACCCAAAACAAGACAUUCCCUACUAUUGAAUGCAUCAACAGGAAUACCAAAAUGCCCACAGAGUUUGUUUAUAGAUUGUAUGUAAGCCGAAAGAGGAGAAUGAUGCAGCAGCAGAUAAUGAUGAUGUCAAACCACAAAUCCAAAAACUCUGCACUGUUUAGGUAGCAGUAGAUCAUGUACAAAAAAAAAUCUAUUUUGUAGAAAUAAAAAGAUAAAUUAUUUUUUAAAUAUAUUAUGAGCAUGUGUUUAGUGUAAAUAACGUUAAAAGUCUAAAUUGAUUUUAUAUCAUGUAUUUUUUUAUGUUUUGGGGUGGAGGCUUCAAGAAGCAGUUCCAUGUAUUAAUUUCAAAACUUGCUGUUUUUUUUCCUAAGCACUAACAAAUCCUAACAAAUUUGUAUUCAUGUGCACCAUCUUCCGACUAAAUCAGUCAUCGACUAUUGCUUCUGAUCCGUUUGUAUAAUCAGCUACUUUUGUGAAAAAGCUAUAUAACGUUGUCACUUUUACACAUUUACAUUUUUUUUGUUAGGGUUUGUGUUGUGCAUGGAAACAAACACACAUGUAUUGCAGCAAUGAUGCCAUACAGCAACAACGGUUUGUCAUGUCUUAUGGGAACCCUAAAUUAUUUUUCCUCUACCUCAUGUGUAUAGCUCGUAGACGUAAACAGAUCACAAAUGACUGGUAAGAAUGUAUUUAAGUUAUUUAACAUCUUUGUAUAACAAAGGCGAAGAGAAAAUCUGAAAUAAUAAAUGAAUUUUUAAAUUAUUUCACACGUUGCUUGGCGAGUCAUUGGGUUUGUUGUAUCUGCUAUUAGGAGAGGUGCUCGAUAUUGGCUUUCUUACCAAUAUCCAAUGUACCGAUAUUGUCCAGCACUUCAUUUCCGAUGCCAAUAUUGGUAGCAGCUCUCCCCUGAAACUAACUUCAGGUGACAUCUGAUGUAAUUAAUGAACACAUUAUGCUUCCUGUACUGUGAUGCUACUGGAUGCAUUUAACACAUAAACACUGCUGGUCCAAAAUAAGACAAAUACUGCAAUAUGCAAUGUAUAUAAUAGAAAAAGCGGCAUAUUUAUUUUAAACAUUUUGUCACAAAAGAAGUCAUUUAAAAAAAAUCAUGACCAGUGGUCAACAAUUAAGACAGGUUAGUGUUAAUAAACUCACAAAUAAAAAUCCAUUUAAAUAAUGCUGGUAACGAUAGACUUUGAAGAGCUGCACAUUUCUAUGUGGCACAAAUAGCCAUAUAACAGCAAAGUAAAGUGCAAAGUAUGAAACUCGACUAACACAAACAGUGACAUGGGAUGGAUAUUAAGUGAGGUAGGGAACUGAAGCUUGACGUUUGGGACUAUCUGGUCCACUGUGAAAGGCCCGAUGAACCUUGGGGAAAGCUUCUUGAGGACUGUCUUUAGAGGAUAGCCAAACCAGCUGUCCGGGUCUAUAGGUAGGGGCGGUGUUGCGAUGAGGCAUCCACCUCAACAAUAAACGGGCGAGAGGGGUCAGAGUGGGUGAGGACGUCGGAAGUAGUGAAGAGGGACUUAAGUUUGUUAAAUGCCGUGUCAGCCUCGGGUCCAAACAAACUGAACCUCUGUGAACGUAAGAUUGGUGAGAGGUUCCGUGAUUUGACUAAAGUUGCGGAUGAGUCUGCGGUACAAAUUGGCAAACCUCAGAAACCUUUGCAUCUUCGAUAUAGGAGUGGGCCAACUGACCACGGCCUGUAUUUUCGCCGUGUCAGCUUUGAGUUGCCCUUUCUCCAAAAUGAACCACAGAAACGGCAUAGAAUCAGAGUGAAAUGCACAUUUUUCAGCCUUAACAAAUAAGCAGUUCUCCAGAAGAUGUUGAAGUACCAAUGUCACGUGGUGUCUAUGCUUGGAAUGGGAAGAGGAGAAGAUCAGAAUGUCAUCUGCUGUAGGUACACAACUCCGAAACUACCUAACAUACCGCGUAACUAACUUCUGAAAUACAGUGGGGUCGUUGGUGAGACCAAAGGCAUAACCAAGUAUUCAAAGUGCCCCAUAAGUGUAUUAAAUGCCAUCUUCCAUUCAUCCACCUCUAUAAUGCAGACAAAAUGGCUAGCAUUAUGAAGGUCCAGUUUAGAAAACAUUACAGUGGAGUGAAGGAAGGAAAAUGCAGAAUCCAUAAGAGGAAGCGGUUAUUUGUAAUCUAUUUAUGGCCUUAAGGAACUAUCUUUCCUGUUAACAAGAAAAAAACAGCACCUGACGGAGAGGUGGAAGGGCGUAUGAGCCCAGCCGCAAGCGAGGUUGAGAUACAAUUAUCAAGGGCUGUGUGCUCAGAGUUGGAAAUAUUAAAAAGUCUAGAGGUGGGUAAUUUAGCAGCCCCUGGAUGGAUGAGUUGUAAGGUCGAUGAGGUGGAAGCUCCACAGACCUGUCUUUACUGAACACCUCUUUAAAGUCAUGAUGUUCUUUGGGCACAUGGUUCUUGGAAGAUAUCCCAUCACCCCCCAAACAGUCUGUUCAAUGUGUUUUGUGUUAACAUUUCAAGUGUCUGGAACGGAUUAAUUGGAUUUACAUUAUUUUAAAAUUUGCUUUGGUUAGAGUACGUUUUGGUUUGAGUCAGAGCUUCUGUAACAGAUUAAUGACGUUAACCAAAGCACCACUGUAUAUUAAACUUCUUACCAUAUCUUCAUAUGUUAUGACAGUAGACGGAGGCAUAGUCUACUUUAUUCUGACCUGAACACAUCAAAAGCAGUACAAUUGCAACAACAUUGUGCAUCUCCAACUCAUAAACUUCCUGAUUCUCCAAGUGCAUUCACGGACACUCUGAACUCUGAACAUCACAACAUCUUUAUGCAUGUAUGUGUGGUCUCAAUAACUAGAAAGUCAAAGAAGAACAAUAAGUGGAUAUGCUUAUCAGCAUUUAAAAUGCUUGGAAAUGCAAGAAAAUACACUCAAAACGUGACUUUCACUUAAAUUAUCUGGUGUCUUUGAGCACAAACCCUCAUCCCUGAUAAUAACUAUAGUGUGAAU